AUGAGUCCCUACAUUACAUAUUACGCAAACCAAGCUGGUAGAGGAACAGUGGAUCGAUAUAGUGAUUUUGGAAGGGUAUUCGUUGGAAGUCCUUAUCAAAGAGGACAUGGCAUUGGUGCUUUCCUUGGGGGUCUUUUUCGGCGCAUUCUGCCCUAUCUGGGAAGCGCAGCCAGAGCGCCCGGUAAAGAAGCUCUCAAUGCGGGUAUUAACGUUGUUGGGGAUGUAGUGACAAAUGGCAAGCCUUUAAAGUGUGUUGGAAUUCCUGGAAGCCGACAGGAUUCCAUUACUAACACUAAUGCCUGCUCACCGUCAGCCAUCCGGCAUAAGGGGGAUGCCCCACCACCGACCUCGACGCCCCUCGAAAUCGUCCGAUCGAGCGAUCGGGCAGCCUCACUCGCUUCCGGAUUAUCGUGUGACACGUGCAGUGUAAUUCAUCUCUCUUUAUUUUUUUGGGAUUGCUCAUACCCCCACACACCACCCGAUCCCCUCCGAUCCAGAAGCUCUCCUUUUCAACAUUUUUUGGUCCUUCGAGCCGGAUCGGAGGAACAUUUUUUUGUUAAUCGCGCGGGAAGCAUAGCGGCAUUGGCAGUGCCGCCCCACCAUCAACGAGGGCCCGCCCCUGCCGUCCGACAGUGUCGCAUCAACCACGCCGAGCGCCACCGGCACUUGAUAAGAUCCGCUCAUCUGGAGUACUUUUCCGGAUCGUCGUCAUCAAAACCACGUUCUGGUAUUUUCAACCUUUUUCUUUUUGAUCCGUCCGGCAUCAAUCACGUCCAAGGUGUUAUUAUUUUUUGCGGAGGUUCUUUUCCUUUAACUGGUUUUUUCUUGGGUUUGUUUUUGGAUUUCGGACGCGCUCUAUACCCAUCAGCUCGACCGUCUGGGGUACCAAUGGUCACGUACACCUACGGGGAUGGGAUUGCCGUUUCGUGCUCAGCUCGUCAGCUCGAUUCUGGAAUUCCUGGUUGCCGUCCUGGGGUACUUCUGGCCACGAGUCUAGCUUAUCUCGUGUGUCCAGAUGGGGCCGCUCACCGCAUUCGUCUGCUCAUCGACCCAGGAUCAGAAAUAUCUCUUAUUGGGGACCAGAUUGUGCGUCGUCUGGGACUUACUAGGUCCAAGACUUCACUACUCAUUUCCGGAAUCGGAAACUCGGCAUCUGGGCCGGCACUAGGCAAGGUACCGCUCACUAUACAGUCCACUCAUUCUUCAUUUCAGCUGAGAGUCACGGCUUAUGCUCUCAGCCAGCUCACCACGUCGUUACCGACGUUUACACCCGGACAGCUCAAGUGGGAUCAUCUUGAAGGGUUACAACUCGCUGAUCCCAGCUUCCUAGCACCAGCACCAAUUGACGUCUUACUUGGUGCUGACGUCUACGGUCAGCUCAUCCUGCCAGAGGUCAUCACGCAUGACCCAGGUUCACCAUCGGCUCAGCUCACUCGACUCGGAUGGGUCAUCUUCGGGCCCACUGAAAGUGUUGCGUUAGCUCACACAGCCACAGCUCACCUUGCGGUAUCCAAUGAGGACCUCGAUGGCUUACUCACCAGGUUCUGGGUCCAGGAAGAGGUUCCUGAGACUUCAGAGGUACAGCUCACCGACGAGGAAGCUCAAUGCGAGGAACACUUUCGGCGGACACACACCAGGGACUGCUCCGGACGAUAUAUUGUCCGGUUACCGCUCAAGGCCCCCCCCUCAGUGCUUGGGGAUUCACGAGCGUCCGCGCUCGCAUGCCUUCACCAACUGCUCAGGAAGUUCUCCCGUGAUGAGGAAUACCAUCAACUCUAUACAGACUUCCUCAAGGAAUAUGAAGCCCUUGGCCAUAUGCGCCGGGUCUCUGGACAGCACACUCAGACAGCUCAUCGACAGCGACUGGGGGAGUGCACAGCUCUCGGGACGACCUUAGCACAUGAAGCUCCGGCUUCAGGAGGGUUGAGGGUCCCGAAUAGCUCGUACUCCGCUCAGGCUGUCACUUCUCCGGAAUAUUUCUUUCCUCACCACGGUGUCGUCCGAACCAGCAGCGAGACGACGAAGCUCAGAGUCGUGUUCAACGGCUCCCAUAAGACCAGCUCGGGGCAGACGCUCAACGAGAUUAUGCAUACUGGAGCCAAACUCCAGAGAGACAUUGCUGAUAUACUUUGGGCCGAUGCAAAUGGGGACGUCACCACAUAUCAGCUCACCACCGUCACGUAUGGAACUAGAUCCGCUCCAUUCCUUUCCAUACGUGUCUUGAACCAGCUCGUGGAGGACGAGGGCAGUAACUAUCCUCUCGCCGUGGAACCGCUCACGAAAGGACGAUAUGUGGAUGAUAUUUGCGGAGGUGCUGACUCGGAGGAGGAGUUACUCAAGACCGCUCAUCACGUGACUCAGCUUUGCCAAUCAGGCGGCUUUCCAUUGGCAAAAUGGCACUCCAACAGUGCAGGUCUGCUCAGCACACUCAGGUUGGACAGCACCUCCCACGAUCAAAAGGUGAUCGAGGACUCGAUCACCAAGAUCUUAGGAGUCUCAUGGCACCCAGGCACGGACAGCUUCACGUUCUCCAUCGCUCGGCCUGAAACCAACUCCAUCUCAAAACGAAUCAUUCUGUCGGAAACCGCUCAGCUCUUCGACCCACUUGGCUUCCUCGCGCCAGUGGUGGUACGAGCGAAAAUACUACUACAGGCGCUCUGGAUAGAGAAACUGGGAUGGGACGACCCAGUUUCCCCGACAACAGCACAUCGAUGGCGACAGUUUAGGGAUGAGCUCAACCAGUUGUCGGAUGUCACCGUGCCACGAUGGCUUGGACUGCUCAAGGGCUUCGACGUGGAAGUCCAUGGAUUUUCCGACGCAUCCCAGGUGGCUAUGGCAGCUGUCAUUUACCUGAAGGUUCCGCACCUACCUGGAAAUGGUAUAACGCUCGUCUGCUCCAAGACUAAAGUAGCCCCGCUCAAACGGCUGACCAUCCCACGCCUGGAGCUUACGGCUGCCCUGCUCCUAGCCAAGCUCAUACGUUACGUUCAGGAUCAGCUCAACCUCAGAGCUGCGCCCACCUACCUCUGGACGGAUUCCUCCGUAACGCUCACAUGGAUCAGCUCCCACCCAUCACGAUGGAAAGAAUUUGUGAGGAAUCGUGUCGCUCUUAUCCAAGAGCUAACUCAGCCAAGUCACUGGAGGCUGGUUCCUGGCAAGGAGAAUCCAGCAGAUUGUGCUUCUCGAGGUCUCACCGCUCAACAGUUAGCAGCACAUAAGCUGUGGUGGACAGGCCCACCUUGGCUACAACAGGACAGCUUAUCUUGGCCAACUCACGUUCUAGAAAGGGACCUCAAUGUGGACCUCGAAGAGAAACCGGGGCAGAUUUACUACGGCGCCGCUCAGCAAAUAGCUAUCUGGGAUCUCAUCGAUAGGUUCUCUUCAUUCAACCGACUACUUCGGAUCACCGCGAUCUGCUCAAGGUUCAUCGCUCGGCUUAGGAGGGUUCCUAAUACGUCACUCCAUUAUGCGCUCACGCUCAGCGAACUGGAAGACGCACGGCUCCUUUGGAUCAAGCUCACCCAGACAGCUCAUUUCAGGGAGGAACUACGGAUCAUCUCUCGCAGGGAGAAAUUCACCAGGUCCCAUCCGCUCACCAAGCUCACCCCGUUUAUCGACCGUCAAGGGAUCCUGCGUGUUGGUGGACGGCUCAGGUUCGCUCAGCUCGACCCCGAGAGCAAAAAUCAAGCUAUCAUCCCAAAGGAAUCGCAACUAGCUCGCUUGCUGAUAAGCCAAGCUCACCUAAGGACACUUCACGGCGGGACACAGCUCACUCUUCGUCAGCUCAGGACAGCUUACUGCAUCCUCGGAGGCCGAGCUCCAGUACGCUCCUUCAUUCUUAAAUGCGUGAAGUGCGCUCGACAACGUGGGAUACGUGCUCAACAGCUCAUGGGACAGCUGCCACCAGCCCCACUCACCCCCGCUCGCGCCUUCCUCAACACGGGGGUUGAUUACGCCGGCCCCAUAUCGCUCCGGUCAUGGAAGGGACGGGGCCACAAGUCAUACAAGGGCUGGUUGGCUAUCUUUGUCUGUAUGACCACCUCAGCCGUGCAUCUCGAGGUAGUAUCAGACUACUCAGCUGAUGCAUUCCUAGCGGCAUACAGACGUUUCUCCAGUCGGCGCGGGAUCGCUCACACCUUAUUCAGCGACUGCGGUACCACCUUUCUCGGCGCUGAUAGGGAGCUCAGGAGGCUAUUCUUAGCAGGAUCAUCCGAAUCUCGACAGCUCGCCCAGCUCCUCAUUCAAGAUGGGACUCAAUGGUCCUUUAACCCUCCAAGCGCACCACACUUCGGAGGCAAAUGGGAGGCGGCAGUGAAGUCGGUGAAAUAUCAUCUCACCCGCACUAUUGGGGAGGAUCUGCUCACCUUCGAGGAACUCACCACCUUGCUCGCCCAAGUUGAGGCAGUUCUCAACUCACGGCCGCUUGAACCGCUCACCGAUGAUCCUGAUGACUGCUCGGCUCUGACCCCAGGGCAUUUCCUCAUAGGCCAGGCUCCUACGACUCUUCCAGAGCCAUCACUGGAGAAUCUUAACAUCUCUAGACUCUCCCGAUGGCAGCUCAUCCAACGAAAACUCCAAGGGUUCUGGAAGAGAUGGUGCACAGGAUAUCUCCAACGUCUACAGGCCAUAUCCAAGUGUACCAACGUCAAGGACCUAGAACCACAUCUCAGAGCUACAACUCGUCAGCUCAUUGGCCUUCACCUGGACUUCGUCAACCCUGACGGAUUUACGACCCGGCACGAUCAGCGAGGUCCACCGUGA